AUGAAUCAGAAAACACGAGCGUCCAAGACCUGCGUGAACGAUUACCUCAAUCCUACUGAUGUCCACAUCAACUUCUCACUUACCGCAUUGUUCAAUGGGUCCUCGACAGGCCUUACACCCAUCUUGAAUGAGCGUGGUACCAGGAUGCUAUCCCAGAUGAUCCCCAUUGAGAUUAACUGCGGUGAAGAUAAUGUAUGCACAGAUCGCCUCAACGUAACCUUCCACACCGAAAAGGCGGUGCUGGUUGGCGCGGCCUCUCUCCUCGAUCUGCACGUCUCUGUGUGGAACCUGGGUGAAGACUCGUAUCGGCCUUCCAUCAUUUUCCACCAGCCCCUGGGUCUGCAUUUCCGGAAACUCCGCAACCUCCAGUCAACGCGUGUGGAAUGUGCCUCCAAUAGCAGCUCAAUCAAUAACCUGACUGGGAAAUUCAUUUGUAACGUGAGCCAUCCCAUCUUGCAGAGCAAAGCAUUGGCAAUGUUUGUUCUGACCUUUGAAGUGGGCGACAUGAAUGUCUCGGAAGAGGGUCUAAGGAUUAGAGCUGAAGGCAAGAGCGAAAAUCCCUCAGGAAUUUAUGAAGACAGUGUCCACGAGCAGACCAUUCCUGUAAAGUAUGCUGUCAACAUUGUCGUAUCUCGAGUGUCGUCCACUCGUUACAUCACCUUUAUGGACAGGAUGAACGAGGAGAGGAAGAUCAAACACGUCUACAAGGUGGAGAACAUUGGGAGCAGGACUGUACCCAUCAAUGUGAUGAUCAACGCCUCAGAGAAAGUGGCAGGUCUCGUGAGGUGGACACCAGAGAUCACUGUGACUGUUCAACAGGACCAUGCCUCAUGUGUUUUGGCCAACGAGGGACAAGAGCUAAGCGAAGGCCAACUGACCAAGGAGCGGAAGGAGGACCGGCCUGAACUUUCCAAAAGGAAGAUCAGCUUUACAAUGCUUGUCUUGGAGAAAAACUGCUUUGUGGAAAUUAUUUUGGAUGGAGUUGUUCGUACCACACAAAACGUGAGACGAGUUUGUGAAUAA